UACAUGCUGGUAGGGGUGGGAGGGCGGAGAAGAACGUCUAUAAUGGGUUAGGACUAUUUCUCAACAGCCAGCAGGGGGAAGCUGGCCAGAUGGUGUCAGAGGGUCAGAGUUUUUUCUCACACAGCUCCUCUGCACAUAACAGAAGUGAACUCAUACGCACAGGAAGGCUUUGAACGCAUGAAGAGAGAGAUUAAAAAAAAAAGAAAAAGAAAAAAAGGACAACGCCUGCUAUAGUGAACAACAAAGUCAGCGUAUGAUCUUUUCAUGGACGGAUGCAGCUAACAAGCUCCUUUCUUAACUGGGUGGAUUGCGUCUGACAACUGUCUAUCGGUCAACUGGCAGGAUGUCACGACGAGACCAGAGGUUUCGGAGAGGAAUGAAAGGACGAUGUAGUGAAUGUGGCUGUAUCCUGUCUCACUGGUACUAUGAAAGAGAUGGACAGCUCUACUGUAAGAAGCACUACUGGUCCCGUUAUGGAGAACACUGCCAUGGCUGCAAGGAGACCAUCGCAACAGGACUCAUUAUGGUUGCCGGAGACCAAAAGUACCACCCUGAGUGCUUCACGUGCUUGAGCUGUGAAAUGGUCAUUGGAGAUGGAGACACCUACACACUUAUCGAACGCUCCAAACUCUACUGUGGACACUGUUUCCGUCAGGGAGUUGUUUCAGCCGUGUCCACCUCAUCACUCACCAAAAGUCCCCACAUGGUGGCACUGGUGUCUCUCCCUCCUCAUGCAGCAGGUGGGCGAGGACUGACUGUAAAUAUUGAGUUAGGUCAAGACAAAAGCCCUCAAGUCACUGUGACAGAGUUGGACCCGGUCGUCCUCAGUCGUGACCUGCUGCCCUCUGUCCACACUGGUGAUCGCGUACUUGAAGUCAACGGCAUCCCGGUUCGCAAUAUUUCUCCAGAUGAGAUACGCCGUGUCAUCCAGGACCAAAGCAGACCCCUGCAGCUGACAAUUGAACACAACCCACAGUCUCCCAAUGAACACCUACACGCGGACAGUCCCCCAGACAACAGCACCUGUCCUGAACCAUGUGGCCGCAAAAAACUUUCUUCAACCCAUAAACUCCCAAGCCUGGAGGAAGAGCCGGGUCCACGAGAGGAGAACGAUGAUCAAAUCAGGAUGAGCCUCUCACCGCCUCAGCAGCAAGGAGUUAACAUGACACGAUCCAGACCAAUUCUGCGAAGCUGUAGCAUAGAUAAGUGUCCCAUGUCCCCUGGGUCGCUGACUCUUUUAUCUCAGAAGAGAGACAUGGUUCGCUCAGAGUCUCUACGUGCUGAUCCUGGAGAACGGACUCAUCGCAUCUUCAGACCUUCGGACCUGAUCCACGGAGAGGUGCUCGGAAAAGGCUGCUUCGGACAGGCUGUCAAGGUAACUCAUCAGGAGACAGGGGAGGUGAUGGUGAUGAAAGAAUUGAUCAGUUUUGACGAAGAGACACAGAAGACGUUUUUAAAGGAGGUGAAGGUGAUGCGCUGCCUGGAUCAUCCCAACGUCCUCAAGUUCAUUGGUCUGUUUUAUAAAGACAAGCGAAUACAUUUCGUCUCUGAAUACAUCCAGGGAGGAACUCUCCGUGAGGCUAUCAUAAAAAUGGACAAGGAUUUCCCCUGGCACAUUAAAGUUGGUUACGCCAAAGACAUUGCAGCUGGAAUGGCAUAUCUACACUCCAUGAAUGUUAUCCAUCGGGAUCUGAACUCAUACAACUGCCUGGUUAGAGAGAACCAGUCCGUGGUGGUGGCAGAUUUUGGACUAGCUCGGCUGGUGGUGGAGGAGAGGAAUCAGACUAAAACAUCUUCUCUGGAACGGCCUGCGAAAGGGACGCUGUCAGAGCUGCGCAGACCUGACAGGAGGAAACGCUACACUGUGGUGGGAAACCCGUACUGGAUGGCACCAGAGAUGAUCCACGGAAAAACCUAUGAUGAACGAGUGGACAUCUUUUCCUUUGGUAUCAUGAUAUGUGAGAUAAUUGGCAGAGUGAGUGCUGACCCUGACUACCUUCCACGGACAAAUGACUUUGGGUUAAAUGUGGCUGGUUUUCUGAAGCAGUACUACCCUCCACAGUGCCCCUCAGCUUUCCUACCUCUGGCCGUCCUCUGCUGCGACAUGGAUGCUGAUAAACGUCCUUCCUUUUCAAAGCUGGACGAAUGGCUGGGGAACCUGGUGAUGCACCUGGACAUCGGCCUCCCUCUGCUCUCUGAGUUAGAGCAGCUGGGUAGAGCCUUCUGGAAGAAUUACAAUCACCAGUAUCACAACCAGGACAAGACGUCCGCUUCUGACGAACAAACACAAAGUUCAGAGCCACACGGCUCCACCCCUGAGCAGUGUUCAGACAAUGGAAACCACACAGAGACCAAUCACAUUUCUCAGGGGCAAGAUCAAAACAACAGCACACCUGGCAGCCAUUCAGACGGGGAACAAAACACACAUGACAGCUUUGAUGUGAGGUCUGGGUCACAAGGCACAAACCUGUCGUCGUGUCGCAGGUCUACGAACCCGGAUUUGUGCAAGAAUGCCUCUGAAAGCUGCAAAACAGGACAACUAAAAGAGUCGCUCCAGGACGGGGACUCAAUGCCAAGCCUUCCCAGGAAGCCUAGUUUAUACAGUGCAAUGUGGGACACAUCUACAGAGGACAGCUCUUUCCUCUGACUGCUUGGCCAAGUGUUACAGGACAUCGGAAGACAUUUGUGCUUUUUCAACUGGGAGAUAACAGAAACUGUCAUAAAACUGCACUGAUAAUCUGCAGGGAAAUAGGCAGGGUAUGAGAUAUUUAAUUUGAGAACACAGUAAAUAUUUGUGGUAUCUUUGGGUACAGAGCCUUGUUUGUAUUAUUACUAAGGCAUGUAAUUACAGACACAUGUCAAAAUGGCUGCUGCUCUGUGAACCGGUAUUUAUGUGAUUGCAGCUAGAGCCCAAAUAAUAUUUCAUAAAUGUCUUAAAUUUUUAGACAUUAAUUCAUUUUUUUAUUUUAUUUUUUUUAAAUAUAAGCAGAUAACAAAAACAGAUUUGAUGAUUUGUCAUAAUUUAAUGUGUCAGUGCUCUCUGGUGGACGAAAGGUGUAACUGCAGCACUGUUUUUAAAGUACCUCAAACCUACAGUAGCAUUUUUGUAUCACACUUUCUCACUAGUUUAUGGUAUCUCUGUAUGAAACGCCGACCUAUAUUAUGAUUUUAUAGUAUGAACUGAGUGGUCAUUUUAUUAUCUGGGCUGUAGUUUCAACUUUGCAAGGAAGCUGUGAAACACGUGUCACUUUAAGCAUAAGCUAUAUUACAUUAUUUAUGAGAACGCCUUAAGUAUUUUCUGUCAGCAGACUGACCUGUGAAACAACAACGUACACGAUAAAUGUAUAAACCCACGUGGUUUAUGUUUAAAUCAGUAUUCACCAUUAAAAUAUUGGUAUCAAAUACA